UGUCCGAGCAGCACGUGAAGGCGUCAUAAAACAAGCAGCAGGCUCGCCACAGGCGGUGACUUCAACCUCCUCUCCUUCUCUCGGCUCUCACGCGACACAAACUUCAACAUUAGACAAAAGUUGAGCCUCCGCGUCGUGCACAAUUGAUCUCGAUACAUUUGUAUGCCGUUUACGAAGGCUGCCUUUAAACUCCAGCAUGACAAGUUAACCCGAGAUGAUUGCCUCGAAACAAGGUUAGAAAGACAGCUACAGCAACAGUUGUUUUGGAAUAUCACACACAGUCAAGUUAGCUCGAGUCUAUCAUUUUGAAACCUCGGUUUUGCCUGUUACUUCGUGUUACAAAUCCUUGACGACGUGGACUUUUUCAAUUUAAAAAAAUAACAUCAACCCAGAUUGCAAGCAGUAGAACGACUGUUACUCACUGAGCUGGAAUUAUAACGACUUCUCCGUGAGUAGACUUUCAAACAUUGGGCGUCUACUCCCUGCAGAGAUAAAGGUGCUGAAUGGCCUCUGUAGUAGCGGUGAAAACUGAGAAACGAACUGCAGCUGACUCACAGGAUGCAGAUUCAAAUGGAAAGAAGCCUAGGAAGCUGCUGCCCAGCCUUAAGACAAAGCAUGCCCCGGAGCUUGUCUUGGUGAUCGGCACCGGGAUAAGCUCCGCCGUGGCUCCUCAAGUCCCAGCUCUCCGCUCCUGGAAAGGUCUCAUACAAGCCUUGCUGGAUGCCGCCAAUGACUUUGACUUGCUAGAAGAAGAGGAGAGCCGACGUUUCCAAAAGCACAUGCAGGAAGAUAAAAAUUUGGUGCACGUGGCUCAUGACCUAAUUCAGAAACUUUCCCCGAGAACAGGCAAUGUGCGGUCCACAUUCUUCAAGGACUGCCUGUAUGAAGUGUUUGAUGAUUUGGAGUGUAAGAUGGAGCAUGCCGGGAAACAUCUUCUGCGCUCCGUGCUGCAGUUGAUGGAGAGUGGCUCGCUGGUCCUCACCACCAACUUCGACAACUUGUUGGAGAUCUACGCGGCCCACCAAGGCACCAAGCUGGAGUCUUUGGAUCUGACUGACGAGAAAAAGGUUUUGGAGUGGGCUCAGGAAAAGCGGAGGUUAAGUGUUCUACACAUCCAUGGUGUUUACACCAACCCGUGUGGUAUUGUGCUGCACCCCGCCGGCUACCAGAAUGUGCUAAGGAACACUGAGGUUAUGCGUGAGAUUCAGAAGCUGUACGAGACCAAAUCGUUUGUUUUCCUGGGCUGCGGUCGUACCGUCGAUGACACGACCUUCCAGGCGUUGUUCUUGGAGGCGGUCAAACACAAGUCUGACCUGGAGCACUUCAUGCUUGUGCGGCGCGAAGAUGUGGGGGAGUUCAAGAAGCUACGCGACAACAUGUUGGACAAGGGCAUCAAGGUCAUUUCGUACGGGGACGAGUACUCGGACCUGCCUGAGUACCUAGAGCGGCUGGCCAACGAGAUCUGCUUUCGAGAGGUUUCAACAAAUGACUGGGGUAAGGUACAGACCGUACAGUGUUCAUAUCUGGUUUGAUGGAUAGAAAUUAGCAAACUUUUGCGUGACAUCACAAUUGGUUUAGGGCAAAGGCAUACCGUAUUUUCCGCACUAUAAGGCGCACCUAAAAACCUCCAAUUUUCUCAAAAGCCGACAGUGCGCCUUAUAAUCCGGUGCACUUUAUAUAUGGACCCAUAUGGAUUUGUGGAUGAGGACUAAUUUAUUAAAGUAAGCUUUACGUGUUUAUUUUGUAUGUUGUGUGAUAUUAACGUUUGAGCAACGUUGAGUUAUUGAUCUAUGCGCUUUAUAAUCCGGUGUGCCUUAGUAUAUAUAUGGACAAACUUUUAAAAUGGGCCAUUCAUUGAAGGUGCGUAUUAUAAUCCGGUGCGCCUUAUAGUGCGGAAAAUACGGUACCUAUACUACUGUAUGUGUAUCCCCUAUCAAUUCAACAGAAGUUCUGCCAAGGGUUUUUACUAUCCAGGCUAAAUUUAGGUAAUUACUAAUAAGCACAAAAAUCUGAGCUGUCAGUUAAGCAUGACGUGUAAACCCAGACUAAAAUCUUCAGUUUCCAGCCAGGGCGCUUCUUAUUUUCGCAAUCAUGCAUAGUGAAACCAAAGUGAAUCUCCUGUUGCAUUGUGGUCCAGUCCAUAGUUUUAAAGAUUUUUGAACCCUCCCCAAUGCUUUUACGCUACAUAAACCUUUCUUAUUCCCUUAAUAAAUAUUCCCACACUGUUCUGUACAUGUGUUGUACCUUUACAGUAAAUAAAAGAGCAAACAUGUGAUAUUUUCCUAUGUCCCAGCUCCUUCUGCACCGGUCAGUGCUGCCUCCACCUGUGCUUGAACUCAGUCCACAGUGACGCACAUUGCUCAGAGGCACGGCCCGUGCUAUUUAAACGUUUUUCUCCCAUCACGUAUAAACCCGCAAAGUAGCGCAUUCGCGAAAGAUAAAGCACAAAGUGGCGAGGGAUCGCUGUAGAUAAACAAAUUAAUACAAUUGGUCAUACGACUAGUUUUAAAAACGCCUGGCAGACACAUUUUACUGUACUGAUUUUGUUUUGGGGGAAUUUUCUUGGUCAAUCAAGCAUCUGCAUGGUAAAAUGAAUUUUCAUUGAGUAAUUGUAUGGCUCACUUUGCUAACUUUUGCACAUGGUGUCAUGUCUGAUGGUGUGACUUUUGUAUUUCUCUACAAACAAAUUAAGGACUGGUGAUUCCA